UCGGGCCAAAUACUGCACAAGGGAACGAGAUUGUGCCUUAGCCUGUCAGACGACAAAACGAAACUGACAAUGGAACAAUGUAAGGGCCUCACUAGGCAGUCCUGGGUCUGGGGACCACGCGGCAGGCCCUCCCCUCCAACGGUACCCCCCUCAGAUGGGGAUGGAAAUAGGCAGGCCCUGGUCGAUAUUAACUCAAUGAAUAAUGCUGAAUAUUAUGAAGAGGAGGAAGAGGGGCAAGAAGAUGGCGAAAAUAAUAAUAAAAAUAAUAAUAAAAGUAAAAACGACAACAACAAUAAUAAGAGUAGUAACAACAACAACAACAAGAAUAAUAACAAUAAUAAUAAUAAAAAUAAUAAUAAAAAUACAGAGGAAGACGAAGAAGAGUAUUAUGAUGAAGAGGAGAAGAAGCAGUGA